AUGGCGACCGGCGAUGUGAUCGGAUACUUGGACAGUUUGUCCCAAUUCAAUGUCAAUCCUCUGUGGACGGUCAUGGAGGCUGCGGUUCCUCCUCAACCCACACCAAAGGCGGUUCCUCAUCUCUGGAAGUUCGAAGGGCUUCGGCCAAAACUCAUCGAAGCUGCCAAACUCAUCCCUGCGGAACAGGCAGAGAGACGUGUCUUGAUGCUCACAAAUCCUGCGUUGGACGGAGUAUACACUUCCGACACAUUAUACGCUGGCUUGCAGGUCAUCAACCCUGGUGAGACAGCCAGAGCACACCGACACACGGCCUUUGCACUGCGAUUCAUCAUAGAGGGCACGCAAGGCUUCACAGCUGUGGAGGGCGAAAAGAUCACCAUGGCAAGGGGAGACGUGAUCCUGACUCCCUCGUGGCGAUGGCACGAUCACGGCCAUGAAGGCGGGGGCCCAAUGAUCUGGCUUGACGGCCUUGAUCUGCCGUUCUUCCAGGCCUUCCCGGUGAACUUCGCCGAAGGGUACAAGGAACCUCGCUAUCCCAGCCAGCCGACCGACUCCACGCCAAUGAAGAUGCCUUGGAGCCCAGUGCAAGAGGCCUUGAACAAGCAGGGAGGCACUUACGCCAGGUAUACCUAUCCUUUCAACGACCUUGGCUUGGCGCGCACACUCGGUGCCGAGGCUGAACGAAUCAAUGCCAACACUAUGUCCCCUCAGCGACAGGACUCGGCGUCGUACGUUUUCCAUGUGUACCAGGGCAAAGGGCGGACAGUCUUGUCACAGCCAUCGCUGCAGGGGUCCAAGCCUAAUGAGACCAUAGAGUGGAAAGCCUGCGACACGUUCGUCAUUCCGUCAUGGGCAUCUUUUCGACAUGAAUGCGACGACUCCGAAGAUUCCUUCAUUUUUAGCUUCAAUGAUAAGCCCGCUCUACAGGCUUUGGGCAUGUGGAGGAGCGUGUGA